AUGGCAGUUAGUGAGAACCGCUCCAUCGCUAUCGUGGGCGUUGGCCCAUCCAUGUCGCGCUCUCUUGCCCUAUGGCUGGCGAGCUUAGGGUGGAACAUUGCCCUGAUCUCUCGAUCGGAAGAACCUCUUUCAAAAAUCGCGACCGAAAUCAAAAAUGCACAGAAAAAUCCUGACGCUAAAGUAGUCUACAAGACUGGUGAUACAAGUGAUCCCAGUAGUUUGAAAACUGCCCUCGACUGGUGUGUUGAGCAAUUCCAGUGCAAGUUGGACGUUUUGAAUUAA